AUGGCUUCAGCAUACGCCAACUUAUUACCAGCUAAUGGUAAGUGGAAGCAACAGAUCACCGACUUCUUGACCGAGGAUGUGCCUUCAUUUGAUUUCGGAGCAUUCGUGGUCGGAAACAAGGUUGAAACAGGUUCCCUCUACAUGAAGCAAGCUGGAUUGAUCUGUGGUGUUCCUUUUGCAGCUGAAGUGUUCAAACAGUGUGAAUUGGAAGUUGAAUGGCACUACACGGAAGGUCAAUACGUAACAGAGGAGGAGUUGAAGGCUAAGAACGGUAAAAUUGUCGUCGCUACCGUCAAAGGUCCAGCCAGUAAAAUCUUGUUAUCCGAAAGAACUGCUUUGAAUCUUUUGGCUAGAGCUUCAGGUAUCGCUACCCAAUCCCACAUUACGAAGAAGUUGGCUGACGAAAAUGGCUACACCGGCAUAAUCGCCGGUACUCGGAAAACCACCCCGGGCUUGAGACAACUUGAAAAGUAUUCCAUGUUGGUAGGUGGUGUGGAUACUCACAGAUACGAUUUGAGUGCAAUGGUUAUGUUGAAGGAUAACCAUAUCACAUCUACUGGAAGUAUCACCAAAGCCGUGCAAAGCGCUAAAUCCGUGUGUGGAUUCGCAGUCAAGGUGGAAGUCGAAGUCAGCACUGAAGAAGAUGCCCGUGAAGCCAUUGAUGCAGGCGCAGAUGUCAUCAUGUUAGACAAUUUCAAGGGAGAUGAAUUACAGAAGGUGGCCCAAAGUUUGAAAAAUCAUUACAAGAACAGUAAAUCCUUCUUGUUGGAAUGUUCUGGAGGUUUAACUUUGCAGAAUCUUAGCACUUAUUUGUGUAAUGAUAUCGAUAUCUACUCUACAUCUUCCAUUCAUCAAGGAUGUGGUAUUAUUGAUUUCUCGUUAAAAAUUAAUCCUAAUUAG